UGCACUGCUUUCGUCUCCUGCUGGGACCGAGGGUGACCGAGGCUCGAGAUGCUGGCGAGGGUCGCUGCUCUGCGGAGAAUCGGCCUUAUCUGCGGCCCGGGCAGCAGGAGGGAGGUGUGGACCGGUUCCCGGCAGUCAGAUAAUGACAAUGUGAAGCCAUUGGAGGGUGUAAAAAUUCUGGAUCUGACAAGAGUACUGGCGGGACCUUUUGCUACAAUGAAUUUAGGAGAUCUUGGAGCAGAAGUUAUAAAAGUGGAAAGACCAGGAGCUGGUGAUGAUACACGAACUUGGGGACCACCUUUUGUGGGGAAAGAAAGUACUUAUUUUCUCAGUGUAAAUCGAAAUAAAAAAAGUAUAGCUGUUAAUAUCAAGGAUCCAAAAGGAGUGAAAAUCAUCAAAGAGCUUGCAGCUGUUUGUGAUGUAUUUGUGGAAAACUAUAUUCCUGGCAAACUGUCUGCAAUGGGCCUGGGAUACGAAGACAUAGACAAGAUUGCUCCUCACAUCGUCUAUUGUUCCAUCACAGGGUAUGGUCAGACAGGUCCACUGUCUCAGCGAGCUGGUUAUGAUGCUGUGGCCUCUGCUAUUUCUGGUCUGAUGAAUAUCACAGGGCCUGAGGAUGGAGAUCCAGUUCGUCCUGGAGUGGCUAUGACUGAUCUUGCCACUGGCCUGUAUGCAUAUGGAGCCAUUAUGGCUGGAUUGAUACAAAGAUAUAAGACUGGAAAAGGACUUUUCAUUGAUUGUAACCUACUGUCAUCUCAGGUGGCAUGUUUAACCCAGGUAGCUGCUAAUUAUCUUAUUGGCCAAAAAGAAGCAAAACGUUGGGGCACAGCUCAUGGCAGUAUUGUUCCUUACCAGGCUUUUAAAACCAAGGAUGGAUAUCUUGUAGUUGGAGCAGGAAAUAACCAACAGUUUGCCACCAUGUGCAAGAUCUUGAAUUUGCCUGAACUGAUUGAUGACUGCAAGUAUAAAACUAAUCACCUUAGAGUACAGAAUAGAAAGGAGCUUAUUAAAAUAUUAUCUGCACGGUUUGAAGAAGAAAUAACCAACACUUGGUUACACCUUUUUGAAGGCAGUAGGGUCCCAUAUGGCCCAAUCAACAAUAUGAAGAAUGUAUUUGCAGAACCCCAGGUGUUACACAAUGGCCUCAUUAUGGAAAUGAAACAUCCAACGGUGGGAAAGAUAUCAGUCCCAGGCCCAGCUGUGAGAUACAGUAAGUUCAAGAUGUCAGAGGCAAGGCCACCCCCCUUGCUUGGGCAGCACACAACGCACAUCCUGAAGGAGGCCCUCAGAUAUGAUGACAGGACCAUUGAUGAGCUGCUCAGGACUGGAGUAGUGCACCAACAUGAAGCCAAGUGACAAAGGAAAAAUGCUCUUUCUUAAAACCACAAUUGGAAUACACUUUUCCAGCAAAGACACUGUUCUUUCUGAACCCUUGUUCCCAAUUCUGGUGCUUGGUACUAAAAAGAGGAAUAAAUUCCAGAUUUCCUGCCUAGCAUUUUGUUCCUGUAUUAAUGAAUCUAGUGCUUUCUAUAUGUACCUUACCUUUCAUUCCUUACCAUUUUUCUCUCCAGAUAACAGAGUCACUGUGGAUUUGUAAGAUUUUUUGGUAAAGAUUUUUUUUUCUGGAAAAA